AGCACAUCAAUCUCUGUAAGAAGUCAUCUUGCUUCCCAUUUCUCACUAGAUAAGAUGCUGGAAGGAAAAGCUGUGGUGCGAGAAACAGAUAUGCCACAUGCCAUGCAGAGCCAUGCCAUGGAGUUGGCUUACAAGGCUCUUGAUCUCCAUGAAGUUUCUGACUGUAGAUCCAUUGCUCACCAUAUCAAACAGAAGUUUGAUGAAGCUUAUGGCUCUGCGUGGCACUGUGUGGUUGGCAAAAACUUUGGAUCUUGCAUCACACAUUUGUGUGGGACUUUCAUUUUCUUCCAUGUGGAGAUGAUGGAGUUUCUCAUAUUCAAGGAUGGCAAAGACUCUACUGAAAGCAGGGAAGAAGCUAUUGGUGUGCUGCAGACGGAAAGCCAAGACAGUGAUGAUGCAUAAGACAAUUUAUCGAAUAUUUGCCAGCAAGAGAAGUUGGAACUUGGCAAAUGCUAGGGGUGUUCAAUCUUAGAAGGAAAGUAAUAAAUUAGGGUGACAUAAAUCCAAAUCAACAAGGGGUCAAUUGCAUGCCUCAACUAGUAGUCUUCAGCUACAGCCGGCAUAGAUCAUGCCUUGCCUUUUUUGUCUUUUUCAGUUUAUGGACCAGAAAUUUUAUAAAACAAGAAAACAAUACAGUAUGACACAAAAAAAAACUGCAACAAGACACUGGAACAGACAGAACAUCCAGCUAAGUUGAAAUAAAGUCCAAAAUAAAAUACAAAAGAUUGUACAACAUUUGUGAGUAUUGCCUCUUCAGAGAAAAAUUGGGAAUAUUAUCCCAUUCU